AUGGCUUCUUCUCCUUCUUACAAAGCUAUCAUCAUCACCACACUAGCAAUCCUAUUCGUGUUCCUAAGGAGCUCCAAAGCUGAUCUUUCGAGCGAUGUUCGGAAAGUAUAUCCUAAAUGUCCGCAACUUUUCGACAUUGUGGGAAGUGUCAUGGAACAAGAAAUUCAAAAGGAUCCACGAACAGGCGCCUCUUUACUUCGCUUGCAUUUCCACGAUUGUUUUGUCGGUGGAUGCGAUGCAUCAGUCCUUCUAAAAGACACAUCGACUUUCACGGGAGAGCAAUCCGCGACUCCCAAUAAGAACUCCAUUAGAAAACUUGAAGUAAUCGACCAAAUCAAGUCGGUGGUAGAGAACGCAUGCCCAGGAUUGGUCUCUUGUGCUGAUAUCUUGGCCAUUGCUGCUCGGGAUGCUAUUAAAAUCCUUAGCUACUAUCAACUUCGUUACGAUGUGGAGAUCGGACGAUUAGACUCCAAAACCGCAAACAGAACUGCAGCAAAUAACUUGAUUCCUCCUCCGACUUCGAAUAUCGAUGCCCUUAUCAACAACUUCAAAAACCAUGGCCUUAACGAAACGGACCUUGUUCUUCUCUCAGGUGCUCACACGAUUGGGCAAGCAAGAUGCACGAGCUUCAAGGGUCGGUUAUACAACGAGACCAACAGCCUCGACGAAACAUUCGCCAAAUAUCUACGCAAAAACUGCUCGCCAGAUGAUAAUAAAACCGGAAACAACACGGCCAAUUUGGAUUACCAAACGCCAUCCACUUUUGACAAUAGGUAUUACCAAAACAUCAUCGACAAGAAGGAUCUCCUCCACUCGGAUCACCAAUUGCUCAAUAACAGUGUCACCGUAAAUCUCGUUAAAAAAUAUAGCAAUGAUAUCAAUGAAUUUUACCAAGCUUUCGGUCAAGCGAUGAUCAAAAUGGGCCGCCUUAACGGUACCACAGGAGAGAAGAAGAAGAAGGAGAUGGAGAUAAGGAAAGUGUGUUCGAAGCGGAAUUAG